AUGGGGUGGGCGAUCGCGCUCCAUGGCGGCGCCGGCGACAUCCCCCUCUCUCUUUCGCCGGAGCGCCGCCAGCCUCGCGAGGCCGCCCUCCGCCACUGCCUCCAGAUCGGCGUCGAAGCUCUCAAGGCCAACAAGCCUCCUCUCGACGUCGUUGAGCUCGUCGUUCGCGAGCUGGAGAAUAUUCCGGUGUUCAACGCCGGGAAGGGGUCGGUGUUGACCAGCAACGGCACGGUGGAGAUGGAAGCUUGUAUUAUGGACGGCACCAAGAGAUGUGGAGCUGUUUCUGGGCUCACUACUGUGGUCAAUCCCAUAUCUUUAGCCAGAUUGGUCAUGGAGAACACUCCUCACAUCUAUCUUGCUUUUGAUGGAGCAGAGGCCUUUGCUAGAGAACAAGGUGUUGAGACUGCAGAUGCGAAUAGCUUCAUUACACCGGAGAAUGUUGAGAGGCUAAAGCAGGCGAUAGAGGCCAACAGGGUGCAGAUUGAUUAUACACAGCCAAUUCAGAAAGAUGUGAAGGAUAAAGCACCUGAAGCUGAUGGCGAUAGUCAGCUUGGAACUGUUGGAUGUGUGGCUGUUGAUGAUCUUGGGAAUUUGGCUUCUGCAACUUCGACAGGCGGAUUGGUUAACAAGAUGGUUGGCCGGAUUGGGGACACACCCAUUAUCGGUGCAGGGACAUAUGCCAACAAUCUGUGUGCAGUUUCUGCCACUGGCAAAGGUGAAGCAAUAAUCCGAAGUACAGCUGCGAGGGAUGUGGCAGCUCUUAUGGAGUACAAAGGUGUCUCUCUUAAAGAGGCUGCAGCUUAUGUUGUGGAGGAGAGCACUCCGAAAGGCAAUGUUGGCUUGGUUGCUGUAUCUGCCACAGGAGAAGUCACAAUGCCUUUCAAUACAACAGGGAUGUUUCGAGCUUGUGCUACUGAGGAUGGGUAUUGGGAGAUUGGAAUAUGGCCUUCUGAUGUGCAAAAAUGAGUUAUAUGGGUCAGCUGAAAUCGUUUUUAGUCAAGAAUCUACUUGAUCUAUUCAACAAAAUUGUGCUGUUUUUUUGUUUUUUUUUUUGUAUAUUUUACCGAAACCAAACACCAUUAUCAACUUGUAUUCAAUGUGGAUUAAUUCGAAAGUUUACAAUUACAUAACAACACCAUUUAGGACAGCAUCACGCAUUUAGCAUCUAGCGCCAUAUUCAGUGCACCAACUUUGUUUUCAUCUAGAAGAUUUUGUUUUAUAUCUUUGCCACCGGCCAUCAUAUUGUAAUAAUUGGUUGCCUGAGCGUUUAAUUUAGGGUUUAUACGCAAGGUGACCUAACUGCACUAUAUAGAAUCGAUUGAUGUUUCUAUUUUUU